AUGACUCAUCCUGGAAGACUCGAAGGUAAGGUGGCCAUAGUCACAGGGGGUGGAGCUGGCUUCGGGGUCGGAAUAGUGGAUAAGUUUGUUCAUGAAGGCGCCAAGGUCGUCAUUCUAGAUGUUGUCGAGGAGAAUGCUCAAGCAGUCGUCUCCAAGCAUCCAAAAGGAUCUUCCGUUGCCAUCAAGGGAGAUGUCUCUAGCGAGAGCGAUUGGAAACGUGCCUUGGAAGUCGCAGUGCAGACCUUUGGAAAGCUCGAUGUCGUGGUCAACAAUGCCGGUGUGGUGUACACCGCUGGCCCCAGCACGGAAACUGCCGAGUCAGACUUUGAUCGUGUCGUCAAGGUCAAUCUCAAGUCACUCUUUUGGUCAAGCCGAGUUAUUAUUCCCUACUAUAAGGAGAGAGGGGAGGGCCUGGGCGGCCUCUUCAUCAACAUUUCCAGCAUGUCCUCACCCCGACCUCGGCCUGGAUUAAUCUGGUAUGGAGCCACCAAAGCAGGUGUUACCAAUGCCAGCAAAGGGCUUGCACUCGAAUGGGCAAAACAUAAUAUUCGCUUCAAUGUGAUCCAUCCUGUUGCCGGAGAGACGAAUAUGGUGCCAUUCUUUCUCGGUGGUGAAGAUUCUCCCGAAAGUCGAGCUAAAAUGAUGAGCACAAUCCCCCUUGGACGAUUUGCGGUGCCUUCCGACAUAGGAAAUACGGCAGCGUGGCUGGCAAGCGAUGAAGCAAGCCUUCUGACUGGUGCAUCUAUUGAUGUCGACGGUGGAAGAGGAAUCUGA